AUGCGGCGACAUCAUGGCCGGGGUCAUUCUCCCUUCCACGGUCGAACAGCGACCCCUCCAUCGGCGGAAGUGUCGUUGGUCCGCAGCUUUGACUCCCAGGUCAACCCAUCACGACCUGUCAGGCAAUCUCCUUUGGCAACCUCUCAAAUUCAAGGUAUGCCACUAGACUUGAUUGACCGCAUUCGCUCGUUCCCCUUGUUCCAGUCGACUCCCGACAGAUUCCUCGUCGACAUUGGCCUCCUCCUCAAACCUCAACUUCAUAAUUGCAACGACUACAUCAUCACGGAAGGCGAAGAUGCCAAGGCGAUGUACUGGCUCGUGAGAGGUGCUGUUGCGGUCACGUCGCGUGAUGGAGAGAGCACCUAUGCCGAAUUGAAGCCCGGCGCGUUCUUUGGGGAAAUCGGCAUACUGAUGGAACGUCCUCGCACUGCCACCGUCGUCGCGCGGACAAGAUGCUUGGUUCUGGUUUUAAAGAAGGAGGAUCUGCAGAAGAUACUGCCGACAUACCCCGAUGUGGAACAAGCAAUUCGAGAUGAGGCCUUGGAACGUCUGACACAAUUGGAAAAGAAGAAGCGGCAAGUGCUACUCGGCACCGAAGAUCUUCCCUCUAAUGAAAGAAGAGGAUCCAAGAGACGAGCGUCGUUCGAAGAGGAUGUUCCCAUGGGUGAGGGAGACCACAGCGCCUCUAGCUCGAGCAAGCGUCGCAAGUCUCCAAGUCCAGGGACGAACGAAGUGUCAUCGGCCAGUGCCUUAGGACACGGGCUUGUCAACAUUAGGGCAACACUGAAAGAAUUUCCAUUGUUUGCCUCUCUGCCCGCCGAAAUCCUCCACUUUCUGGGUCUCAAUGCACAGCCGAGGAGCUUUCCACCAUUUACAGACAUCAUCAAGCAAGACACGCGGGGCCGGGAGAUAUAUUUUAUCGUCCGAGGUGAAGUGGAAGUCCUGGACGAGAAGAUCGUGACCACUUCCAGAGCUCACAAGUCCAAAGAACCAAAUGGAAUAGUACCGACCCCACGGGUCAAGGCGCGUCUCAGACCUGGGCAGUACUUCGGCGAGGUUGUAGGUCUAUCGCUGGCCGACCGCCGGACCGCGACUGUUCGAUCCGUCACACAGGUCGAAUGUCUGAUGAUAUCUGAAAAUGUGCUAGCAGACUUUUGGAAUCGUUGUCCUCCAGAGAUUGUACAGCAAGUUGAAAGAACAGCCAAGGAGAGAUUACGGACGGCCUUGGACAAUGAUGUUGUCAUGAACGACACCGGGGCUGAACCUAACAUUCACCAACUAGCAAUUGGCGACUCUAAAGCCGAUGGAAUCCAUAGGAAAAUCGGCCAUGCUCCCCGUGUCAUUUUUACUGAAGCAGAGAUCAGCAGCCCGCUGCAGCCUAUUCAAACGGAUGAACCGGGUCCUGUUGAACCUCUAGAUCCCGACCCUUUCUUAGACGAAGGGCUAGAAAGUGUCAAAUCGCGGUCAAGGAGGGGUUCACUUGCUCCGCCACCACCAGAUGAAUCCCCAAAGGAACAGAGACGACGUUCUCCUAGGUCAUCUCCUGUCUCAACAACCAGUUCAUCUCCUCGCAGCCCAGUGUCAGGAGCACCAUCGCCUACGUUUGAGCACAAAGGUUCCGCAUUCCCUUUUUCCGACCCCUUCUCAUCGGGCGGACGAUCCAAGCCCUGGUCAAAGUCGAGUCAUGGCCUCAAUCGAGGCACGAUUCCGGACAAUGUGUUACCAUGGGUUUUUGAACACCUCGAACUCCACGAAUUGAUGCGCCUACAAGCAGUUUCGCUACAUUGGCAAAAUGUUCUCCAUACAGCACCAAACCUGUUUCAUUAUCUCGACCUGUCACGUUACAACCGAACAGUCACCGACGAUGUCCUUAUAAACCGAAUUUGUCCAUUUGUGGGCAAACGACCACGUUUUGUGGACAUCAGCAAUUGUUUCCACGUUACAGAUGGAGGCUUCGCUACCCUCGUGAAUACCUGCGGUGCCAAUGUUGAAUCAUGGCGUAUGAAGAGUGUUUGGGAUGUAACCGCACCGGCAAUACUGGAGAUGGCCAACAAGGCGCGUGGAUUGAAAGCGAUCGACCUCAGCAAUUGCCGUAAGGUCAGUGACACCUUACUGGCGAGGAUAGUCGGCUGGGUAGUACCGGCACAGCCCCAAGGGCUUCCGAAUCGAGCCAAGUUGAGUAUGCGCCCAGUUGUCAAUACCAAGCUCGGCACUCCUGUGGCACAGCCGACUCCGGGCACGGUGAUCGGCUGUCCCAAACUAUCCUCCAUCACUCUGAGCUACUGUAAGCACGUGACGGAUCGAACAAUGGCUCAUAUUGCCACUCACGCCCAUGAUCGGAUCGAGUCAAUGGAUCUCACGCGAUGCACUACCAUUACAGACGCCGGGUUCCAGUUCUGGGGAAACGUCAAAUUUACACGGUUGAGAAAGCUUUGUCUGGCUGAUUGCACGUAUCUCAGCGAUCAAAGCAUUGUAUGGCUGGUCAAUGGAGCUGGUAGUGGUUUGAGAGAGCUUGACCUAUCCUUCUGCUGUGCCCUUUCUGACACAGCAACGGAGGUUCUGGCUCUUGGUUGUCCAAACCUGACCCACCUCAACCUUUCGUUCUGCGGCAGUGCAGUGUCAGAUCCCAGUUUGAGAUCAAUCGGCCUUCAUUUGACUUCCCUGAAGGAACUCGCUGUUCGAGGCUGCGUCCGGGUGACGGGACUUGGCGUGCAGAGUGUCGUCGAGGGAUGUCAGAAACUCAAGCUGCUCGAUGUCAGUCAGUGCAAGAACCUUCAACCUUGGCUUCUUUUGGGCGGCGUCGAGCAAUACCGUGCAGCGGGCCGAGACGUGGAAUUUAUUGUGGUCAGUUCUGGCACGAAGUUGGUGCGGUAA